GUUUGACACCUCUACUGCCGGCGAUUUGAGCGUCUUUUAAUUUAUAUUAUAGAUAUUGUUCUAAGCCCUACCUAAAGCAAGACGACUAACUAUAACUCCAGCUCUAAUAAGUUCUCGUCGCGGAUUUUGGGACAUACGACGCAGCUGUUAAUUCGUUUAUUUGUGCUUGUUAAUGUGUUUGUUUGAAGGCGAAAAAGUCUUAAGCAGCAGAAAAGGCGGCAAAAGAGAAGCAAAGAACUAAACCAAACCAAACCGCUAUGUGCAAGGCGAGGCUGCAGCAAAAAAAACUGCAACGGCAAACAUAAUUGUUUUCGCAAUACGCUGAGCGUGUAGUGGCGCAGUUCAAAAAAAAAAAAAAACCGACAGACGCACACUACGGCGGCCCGGAGGCGUCCAUAUACCUUUGCGUUUUCGCGCCCAUAAAUAAACGGGAAUAAACUGCAAUACAGCAUCUUGUGCGCGCGCCGCCAUUAACUGACAGUACCCAAAAGUAUGCUACACAAAUCUGUUUCAGCGUGUCCCCGCAAGCAAAAGCAAAAACAAAAGCAAAAGCAACACAACCACAACUACAACUACAGCCACAGCCACAGCAAGCAGAGAGCAAUCAGAUUAGUGACUGCAGAGAGCAACAACUAGAGAGAAGAACAGAAGAACAACAACCACAAGCUGAGCAACGGAAGAACGAAAGCGGAUAUUAGAACAUAGAAUUUUCAACAAGAUAUACAAAAACAAAACAGUAAAGCUGUUACUCCUAACGGUCAACGAAGCCAACGCAGGCCAUUACACAAAGAUGGCGUCCUCGCCGACACCAUCUCUGGACUCGAUGCGGGGCGGUGCGAACUCGAUUGAGUCGUACGAGCACGCCGGCUACCUAUCAGACUCCCCGCUCACCCUGAGCGGCUCAUCGCCACCGGCAAGCGACUCGGCGAUCUGCAGCGACGAGUACACCAGCGUCGGCAGCAGCAGUGUCGGCGUCAAGGCACGAUCGGACGUGACCGUCAUCAAUGGCCACCACCCUAUAUCGGCCUCCGUCUCGUCCAGCUCUUCGGCCAGCUCGUCCUCCUGCUCGUCCUCAUCCUCGUCGAGCUCCUCGUCGUCGUCCUCAUCCAGCUCAUCGACCAGCGGCCUGAGCGGGUGCGGCAGCACUAGCAGCAGCGUCAUCAGCGCCAGCAAUGUGUCCUCGAACGGACCCGGCGUCAUUGGCAGCAAUCUUCAAAGCUCCGCCAGCGGCAGCACCUCGGGCAUCAGUAGCCUGGUCGUGGGCGCGGGCAAGGGGAGCUCCAGCACUGGCAGCGCCUCCUCCAACACAUCCAACGGGAGCAGCAACGGCAGCGUCAACAACAACGGCAGCUCCCCGCCCCGGUGCACCGCCUGCAAGAGCAAGUGCAGCGACGCGGUGGCCAAAUGCUUUGACUGCCAGAGCUACCUGUGCGCCAACUGCGUGACGGCCCACGAGUUCAUGCACUGCUUCAACGGCCACAACGUGUGCCUCAUCAAGGGGUUCGACGCGACCGCCUCGAACCUGCCGCUGGCGGUGAGCCCGCCCAGCAACAACCCGGCCUCCAAUGACUUCAAGUACGCCAGCUCCCUGACCAUGAUGCUGCAACAGCAGCAGCAGCUUGACACCCAGCAGCAGCAGCAGCAACAGCAACAACAGCAACAACAACAGCAACAACAGCAGCAGCUUCUGCCCACCCAGCCCAUGUCGCAGCUCUCGAAGAUCGUGCUUGCCGCCGCCGCCCAGGCCAGCUCCCAGGAGCAGCAGCAGCAGCAGCAGCAUCAACACCAGCAACAGCAACAGGAGAGCCUCUACAGCUCAGUUCACCAGCAGCGACAACUCUUUUGCCCACGCCACAAGCAGGAGCUGCUUAAGUUCAGCUGUCGCACCUGCUGCAUUCUGGUGUGCAAGGAGUGCAUCGUGCUGGAGCACUCGACUGGCCUGCACGAGCUGGAGAACGUCCAGUCACCAGCCCUGGCCACGGCGGCUGCCACUGCAGCUUCCGCGGCAAACGAGACGGCCCUGCAGACCCUCCUGGCGGACAUGCGCGGAAAGAUCGGUGAGAUCGUGGGCAUAGCCGGCAAUUCCGACCAGAAUCUGACCAAGGUCAAGCUCCAGUACCAGAAGGCGCACAACGAGUUGAACGAGACGCACCAGUUCUUCGCCUCCAUGCUGGACGAGCGCAAGACGGAGCUGCUGAAGGAGCUCGAGUCCCUCUACUCGGCCAAGAUAAACAGCAACAGCGCAUGGCUGCAGCGCUCACGGGAUCUGAUCGACAAGGGCCUGUCCACAUGCGAAGCGGUGGAGCGCUCGCCCGCUCCGCCCUCCGCUUUGUUGGCGGAGGCCCUUCUGCUGCGCAAGUCCCUGGAGCAGCAGCUGCAGACCGCCAUCCAGGACAUGCAGCUGCCCUUCGAGAUGGAGUUUAUGUCCAACUACCAGUCGAUCCAGGCCGGAGUACGCAACACCUUUGGCUAUAUCCGGGCCAGCAGCUCUGAUGGCGGCCAUGGCGCCCUCAGCCAGACCAGCAGCGGCCACGGCAAGCAGCCGCCCAUCGCUCGGCCCACGCAGAGCGCCAGCAAUAGCAGCGCCAGUAGCGCUGGAAGCCACAGCCACCAUCAUUCGGGCGGUCAGUCGGGCGCCCACCAGCAUCACCACCAUCAACAGCUGCACCAGGCGCAGCAGCACCAGCUGCAGACCCAAUCCACUCUCCAUGGCCUGGGGUUGGGCCUGAGCGGUGGCCUGCUCGAGAGCAGUUCCGUCGGAGGGGGGGCGUACACGAAUGGCAGCAGCCUGCUGCUGAGCGGCCGCGACCGCAGCGCCCUGGCCGUGGAGCAGCACUUUGGCGAGCUUCUGCCCAAGCGGGGCGGCUACAGCGGCAGCAGCGGCUCUGGAUCGGGAGCAGGCACCGUGGCCCACUACAAUCCAUACGAGAAGUGGAGCAACGGGGGCAGCGACAACCUCUUCUCAUCGGUUGGGGGUGGAAGCGGCGCCAGCUCUGCCGUGGUGGACGCGUUUGCCAGCCAGCUGUCCAGUCUCUCGUCUGGCAACGGGGGCGUGGUAGGAGGCGGCAGCGCCGUGAGCUCAGAGUCCCUGCUGGACCUGACCAACAAGCUGCUCUCGGCCACCAUAUACCCGCCCAAGUCGCAGAUCAAGCGCCAGAAGAUGAUCUACCACUGCAAGUUCGGAGAGUUUGGGGUGAUGGAGGGCCAGUUUACGGAGCCGAGCGGCGUGGCGGUGAACGCGCAGAACGACAUCAUUGUGGCGGACACGAACAACCACCGCAUCCAGAUCUUCGACAAGGAGGGCCGCUUCAAGUUCCAGUUCGGGGAGUGCGGCAAGCGGGACUCGCAGCUGCUGUAUCCCAACCGCGUGGCCGUCGUCCGCAACUCGGGCGACAUCAUCGUGACGGAGCGGUCGCCGACGCACCAGAUCCAGAUCUACAACCAGUACGGACAAUUCGUGCGCAAGUUCGGGGCUACGAUCCUGCAGCAUCCGCGCGGCGUUACGGUGGACAACAAGGGGCGGAUCAUAGUAGUGGAGUGCAAGGUGAUGCGCGUGAUCAUCUUCGAUCAGAACGGCAACGUGCUGCACAAGUUUGGGUGCUCAAAGCACCUGGAGUUCCCCAACGGCGUCGUGGUGAACGACAAACAGGAGAUCUUCAUCAGCGACAACCGGGCGCACUGCGUCAAGGUGUUCAACUACGAGGGCCAGUACCUGCGCCAGAUUGGCGGCGAGGGUAUCACCAACUACCCCAUCGGCGUGGGCAUCAACUCGAACGGCGAGAUCCUCAUCGCGGACAACCACAACAACUUCAACCUGACCAUCUUCACGCAGGACGGCCAGCUGAUCUCGGCCCUCGAGUCGAAGGUGAAGCACGCCCAGUGCUUUGACGUGGCGCUCAUGGACGACGGCAGCGUGGUGCUGGCCAGCAAGGACUACCGCCUCUACAUCUACCGCUACGUGCAGCUGGCGCCCGUGGGUAUGUAAACACGCUCGACAUCCACAACCACAGCCGCAGCCACGUGCGGAAGGACCUGUGCCUGUGCGUCUCUCUCUCACUCACACACUCUCUCAGUAGUCUGACUUGCGCGGUCACUCUCCCACCACUCUCUUACCUGUCACCUGUCUCCUGUCUUCUUCUGAUCUUUCCUAUGUCCCAUCCAUGUCCCAUGUCUCUCUCUAUCUCUCUCUCUAUAUAUAUAUAUAUAUGUCUCUGUCUCUCAAAUCCUAGGGUAGCGAGCAGUAGGCCCGCUCCGCUCUGUAACUCGCUCAGUAUCUGUAUAACACACACGCACACUGUUGGAACGAUUUUUAUUACCUUUUAAAUUAUUGUUGAAUUUUGUUUUAUUUUUAUAUACAUAUAUAUUUACACUGUUAAGCCUAGUUUUUACUUUUGUGUGUAUUUGUUUAUGAUAUGUGUAUGUAUUCAUGUUCAUGUUCAAGUUCAAGUCGGAUCGUGUCCACCUACCCCUCUAUAUCACUAUCACUAUCACCCAGCUCCCUGCUCCCUGCCCCCCGCUCCCUGCUCCCUGCUCCCUGCUCCAUCUCUCGCGUGCGCAAGUCCAAACAGGAUAAAAACGAAAGAAAAAAAAACAACAAAAAAAAACAAGAGUAAACCACAAAAUAAGAAUUUUUAUAUGCAUAAUAAUACCAGAAGAAGUCCCUCCACUUUCUCAUGUUCGUUGCAAACUAUGGAAGAAGCAAGAGAAAACAUAGAUUACAAAAAUAAAACAAAAAACUAAAAAAUAAUAAACUAUAAAUAACGAUUAGCUGCUUAUAACGACGAUCGAUAGUCGAAGAAGGGUCGAGUCGAGGAAAAGGUGGCUGCGCAUCGAGCGUAAUUAUUUGAUAACCGAUUGUAAUUCUAGAUGUAUCACUACUGCGCAGCUUGUUUGUUAUUAUUAUUCUUUGAUUGCAUAAAAAUUUGAUACAUAUAUAUAUUAUACAACUGUUUUUAUGUUUAUAAAUUAUUUUUUGAUUAUACUAUCUAUUGAUUACUGAUUAUUUAUACAAACCUAUUGCUUAAGAAAUGUUUGCUACCUUUAUAUGAAAACCACACCCACACCCACGCCCGAUUCCCAACCCGAACCAAAACUGAGCCCAAACCGCGACACAACAGAAUUCAUUUUUAUACUCGACUAGCUUUACGUUUUAUGUUUUACGUUUUAUGUUUUUUAUUCCAUUGUUUUACUAUACCACACCACACAAAAAAGUAUCUUUAACAAAAUAAUAACAAAGCCAAACCAAUCUUUGCCGUUUCAUAAUUUACAAGUCCACACACAACUGACACAAAAUCAGCAUAAAUCGUGCUCAUAAUUGUUGAUCCUUUAUUUAUGAGUACAUAUGUAUAUCCCUUACGAGUAUUUAUGAGUAACCCUGCUUAUUUCCAGCUGCAAUUUGCGUAAUUUCGAAUUUGUUGUUCAAUUAAACCGCAGAUAGUGGCAGUUUCGAUGCAAUUUGAACUAAUGUUCCAAUUAAAAGUGUGCAUAAAUCAAUUUUAAAGUAACAAAUACAUUUAACUGAAAGUUGGCAAUCAGCACAGAAGACUUAACAUUUAUAACUACUAUAAUUAUACAACUAGAUAUAUAAUAGAUAUGUGUCCCUAUACAUAUAUACUAGUACGAGUAUGACGGAAACACUUGAAGAGUGAAACAAAAAAAAAUCUCAAAUAAUUUAAAAAUUAUUAAAGAAACAUAAGGAAGAGGAGAAAUGGAAAGGAAGGAAGGAUAGAAAAACAGGCAGCAGCUUCGCUACGUUACGUUAGGUUCUCUUUCGAGGGCCGACAGUGCGUGCCUCCUUAUGCUUGUGGCGCGCACUGUAUCCAUUUAAGGCAUUUACUUUGCUAACUAAAGUGUUCUCUAAGUGUUAGUUAAAUAAUAAUUAAUAAUUAGACGAGCAGGGGGGGGAAUAUGUAAGGAACCGAACCUUUUGAGACUACAAACGCAACAUUAACAGGAACAGCAUUUAAAAAAUGUUUAUUUUGUAAUUCUUAAAGUAUUUAAUCUCUUUUUUUGUUGGUUUUGCUUGGAGCCCCUGUAACCCAGCAGCCUCAUCAGCCCCAACAGCCCCCGCCCCCCAUGACCACCCGACACACAUACACACACACACACACACGCACAUAAGCAGGUAUUAGACUUCUUGAAUAUAAUUAUUAUACAUACCUAUGUAUUACUUAUUUAAAUAUGCUAGCGCUUUCGUUGUUUGUUUUGGAAAAACGCUUUUCUUAGUGUAUUUUUUUUGGGUUUUCUAUGAUUAUUUUUGUGUGUAUUUAUUAAGUGAGAUUAUUAUAUAUACGAGCAUAUAUUUUGUAGUUUUCUCUUGUAACGACGAACGAUGUCAUUAUGUAUUGUAUGUAGCUGUAACGACGACGACGAUGCAAUGAUGCAACGGAGGGGGAAAUGAAAGUAUUGUACAUUUUCUGUGUGAGAAAACUUUUUACUUGACAACCAAAAAACAAAACCACAAAAAAAAACUAAAAACUGUUGAAAUUUUUUUAUAUAAAAAUUGUUAAAAGAAAACAAAUGAAAAACUGCUAAUUGAUGGUAUUUAUUAUGGCCUAAUAGGCAUAUAAUAUACCAAUACCAUACCUACAUAACUGAUAAUGUAGUUACUGUAUAUGCGAAUGCAAACUAUUUAAAUGUAUUUAUUAGCAUUUUGGAUGGCAUAGACCGAUUCCGGCGAGGACUUUUAUUUGUAUUUUGUGCUUGCGUAAACUUGUUUUUAUGUUUAUCAACUAUUAUUAUCAUUAUUAUUAGGUUUUUAAAUGUUAUGAAACGACCACACACCCACACCAACACACACCACACACAGACACACCAACACACACACACACAAAUGGAAAUGCAAAUAAAAAUUAUAGUAUUUAUACUAUAAAUUAUAGUAUUUAAAACAAAAAACUAAACAAUAACCAGACAGACCCUCUGCUCCACAAAUUGUUGUAAACUGUUGUCUACACGAAGCACACACACACACACAAUCCAACAAAUGCCACAAACAAAAUAAAAACAAAAACCAAGAAACAUUAAAGAUUUUGAUAUAUAUUCUGAUAAAAAAAACCCUAACUUGUUUGCUUUAUUUAUUUAGUAGUUUUAUUUGAUUUGAUUUAUUUUUUAUUUGAUUUUUAUAGUUUGAACAGUUGCGACGUUUUGUACACCCCUGAUGACCACCCUGAGACCCUCUCUCUCUCUGCUCUCCCUCUCCUGACAUCCCCCUGUGUCUGUAGUAGUGGUAUAAAAUAUAUAUAAACCUCAUAUGGUUAUAUGCAGUGAUGGAAAAAAUAAUAGAAACGGCAAUUUCCAUUCUGAACCGAAAAUUAACAACAACAAAAACGGGAUCCUCAGGAAUAGGUAUUUCAUAUCUUCUUUUGUCUUUUGGCGAUAAUAUAUUGCCUCUAUAAUUCGAUUUUAGCCGUUUUAUCACAAUAUAAGAACAAAAUUUGAAUGCGUUUCUAUUAUUUUUUCCAAGACAAAAACGUGAUCUUUCUACAAAUUAGUGUACCAAGCUCAUAAUUUUUACGAAAGGAGCCCAAAAGAGAAUCCAAAUCCAAAUCCUGAAACAAAGCACAGUUGUUUUUAUUCAAACAAUUUGCUCCAAAAAUGAAAUAUUUGGUUUCAAAUUUGAAUGCACAUGCCGUUUCUAUUAUUUUUUCCAUCACUGUAUAUACUUAUAUAUAUAUAUAUAUAUAUAUGAUGAAUGUAUGUUGAUAAACAUUUGAUGAAUUGAGAAUCUAAUAGACUGUGCAACAACAAAAACAUAAAGAAAGCCGAAAUAAUUUUUUUAAAUAUAUAUGUUUCUCUAUAUGCGAAAAUUGGUCAAAAAGAAGUCAAACACACACGCGACCCAAAGGACACCAUAAGGAAUCAUAUUUAUGUACAUAUAUAUGUAUAUGUAUAAGCUAGAUCGUAUAACUAUAGCACAGUGAGCUAUCAAAACUAACUACAUAUAGGACAGUACUCGUGUAUGCAUUUUUAUUUCUGAUAAUUCGAAUCGAUAAACGUUUUAUACCGCCAACUAACUGUGCUCUCCCCUAGAUAUACAUAAAUACAUACAUAUACACGAAUAUAUAUAGUCGCCAAACUGUAGUGUCAGAGUGGUUGAACUCUCCUACAACUCUGGCGCUGACUUUGUCGCAUGCGAAUAUCUCUACAUACAUACAUACGUACAUACAUAUGUAUAAACCGAUUUAUAUAUGUUAACAUUACCUAUAUAGUAUAUGUAGCUGGCCAUUUUGCGUGUGUGGCCAUUUGUGAUUAGUUUUUUGGGGAAAGGUCUCGUUUCUCCCUCCCAAAAACAGGAGAAGAAAAUAACAGAAAGGGAAAUCGAAAGAAAAGUAACACCACCAGUAGGAAAUGAAGGCAACAGGUCCGUUCUAGGAAGCGAUCCUUAAGGAAUAUUUUCAUUAGAGCUAAGUGUAAGUGUUGUUUAAUGAAUGGCAAAGGCAAUGGCAAAUGCAGUGCAUGCUAGUGUUGUAUAUCACUCAUAUAUACACGUACCUAUGUAUGUGCGAGAAAAUAUGUACUACUAUUACGACUAUUAUUUUUUGUGAUUGUUAGGAGCUCUAUAUGAAUGUUGAAUGGAAUCGAAGCAAAAUCGAAAUCAAGCGAGAUCGGUCCCCCCUAAGAACUGGGCUCUCUGUCUUUUUUCGAGCGGGUCAAGAGACUGCCAGGCACAAGUUACGUGGAAAAAAAACCUAGGGGAUAGGUUAUACUUACAUAUACUAUGCAAGUAGGUGUAUCCGUACAUAUGUAUAUGUUUGUAUGUCAUAUCUAAACCAGAAAACCAAAAAUCAUUUUAAUUGUAGUUUAUAUUUUUGAUAAAUGUUAUUAAGGAAAGGAAACAAAACGUAAAUCAAAGGCAUUCGUCGGCGUUGUUGAGCAUGUUUGUAUGGAAUUUAAAUUUUGUAAAAAUUCAAGGGGAUCGAUAUUGACAGACGUCAAACCAGCAGCGAACUAAUAAAAAACUAAAACCAAAAGUAAAUUAAAAUUCAAACUGGCUUCGUAGAAGUGUUUUUAAGUAUUAUUAGACUAUGCAUAAAGGAACCACUCGAGAAAUGCUUAAACACUAUGUAGUAUUUAACUGAAUAACCAAAUGAUUAUGCGUGUCUAUGCUUGGGGCAGCCACGAAUGCAAAACGAAUCCGAAUCGCUCGACCUUGCGGCAGCCCCAACAGUUUUCUGCAAGUAGAAUUUUAAUUCUUAUAGUCCGUCAAAGUGUUUUAACAGAAUAUAAGUAUACAUACAUAUAUACAGAUAAAUAUACAUAUGUACAUCAAGAAAGUAUUUAUAUAAAUUUAUGUAUGUUCAAUAUGCAUGCUUGAGUAGUGUCUGUUUGUAUGUAUGUCAUUUGUGCGAAUCGUAAUAUUGUAAAAUUGUAGAAAGGAUUGUUCUUUCCCCUCUUAUAAUUUUCCCUUUGUCAAUGGGAGCAAGGAAUCAAUCAAUCAGAUUGGAAAAAGUUCAGCAGUCUAUUCCCUUCUUCUGGCGAGUUUUUUCCCCCACAUUCGACUAGUAAUCCCAACCACAACAUAAACAUUAUUGAUAAACACUAAAAACCAAACAAAUAAUUGACUAUGACUGAUUUUAUACACGAAUUGAAAACAUUUACACAACAAAUUAUACACAUAUACAUGCAUAUACAUAUAUAUUUAUAAUGUUGCUACUAUAUAACGAAUCAAGUUGAAGUUGAUGCCCGCAAACGCGGCCCUCUCCAUCUGUAAUACAUUUACACUCUAGUAGGCUACAUCUGCUACAUACAUAUGUAAGCCGUAAGUUAUGAACCGUAUAUAUAAAUCAUAUAUAUCUACAAAUAUAUACGAAUAUAUUUAUGUGUGUAUUUAAAGGCAAAAAAACCAAAUUUAGUAGAAAACUUACCAUUUUUCAACACUAGAAAACAACAAAAUCUUAGACUGCUUCGAAAACGUAAACGUGAAACUAAAAACAUAAAACAAAAAAAAAAACUUGAAAAAAACUAAAAAAAAAACUCUUAUGUGAAAUAAAAUGAAUAUGAGACUCGUUUAGGGAAUUUUUCUGAACAGACUUUUCCGUUUCCGCUUUUCCAUACUGCACUUGUUUAAACUGAGGAACGAAGACUCAACUGAUUUUAGAUGAAAACUGAUCUUUCACUUUCUCAAAACAAACUCAACUGAAUAAAAACCCUAGAACUCUAAACGCGCAAGACAUCCACAACUACAAAUAUAAAUAUAUAUAAAUAUUUUCGCUAAUUUUUCUAGCUGCAAAAUACAAUAUUUAUAUACAUAAUAUACAUAUACAUAUAUAACCGAUAAAAAUAGUGCGUAUACAAAACACAAGGCAUAUUAACUGUUUGUUGUUAGCUGCUUAAUCUUCCUAUUGAAGACUAAAAAAAAACCAAAAAAAAAUUAUUAAACAAUUCAUAUCCCAAGCUUUUUUGUAAUUUUUAAAGCAAAGCAACGCAUUUCAAAAAUAAUAAAAAAUUGUUAGGAAUUUAAGGUAAAAGUUAAUGAAAAUUUAAAUGAGAACCAAAUGGGCAAUGGAAAAUGCAAUAACUAAAUGAGGGAAUUCUAAUUAUGGAACAACUAUUAUCUUUAUUUUUUUGAUUGCAUUGAUUUGUAUUUUUAAGGUGGAACACAGGAAUCCCAAAGAGAGUGUGCGUAGAAUUGAAUUUACACUUCCAGUUGCUUGGUAUAAUUUCUUUUUGUUGUUACCCAUUGAUUUUAAUUUUUGUACCCCCUUUUUUUUGCAGUGCUGCACAGCAAAAACCACGACAGCAUCAGCACCCAAAGCUUGGCAGACAGAAUACAGCAUUUCAUUUGAAUAGAGGAGAUAGCACUCUAUCUAAUCUCUGUAUAUUAUUAACAAACAUUCCCCAUUCACUUCUGCUAUGUUAAAUUUGUUGUUUGAGAAAGGAAGAUCUAUAUACAUAUGUAAUGAAGGAUGGAUGACAUAUGCUCCUACUCGCAUAUACUCUUAUGAAUGUGCAUUGGACAGUUUUCGUUAUGCAAUUAAUUUAAAUCAAUUUCGGGACUCAAAAAAGUAUAUAAAUAUGCAUACAUACACACUGGUAUAUGUAUGUAUGUAUUUCCAAUUAGUGUAAAUGAGUCUCUACGGUCGAACCGCACACAAGAAACACACACACUCACACACAGAUACACACGUAGACAGAAAAGGAGGAAAACAAGACGAUUGAGAUACACAUACAUACAUACGAUGCAUAAAUGUUAGCUCAUCUAAUCAUAAUCAUACAUACGCAUUCGAUAUAGAUUCUAGUGUUUACAUAGCUACAUAUAUAGUGCAACUACGCCGAUCAUGGAACCAUCAUCUAGUCAUCAUGCAUACACAUAUACAUACAUACAUAUAUAUAUAUAUGUAUUUUUAUAAUUAUUAAUAUUAAUCAAUAAGUGGAAAAGAAACCUAAACCAAAUAAGAACGAGAACAGAACACCAAUCUAAUGUUAAAUGUCGUUACAAUUAAGUUUUCUUUAUAGCUGACCUUUAUAUAUUUUUUGACUAAGAACUAAUUUUUAUACGUACAAUAUAUGUAUUCCCUUUAAACGCAAUUUGAAUUUAAAUUUGAAAGUCUCUGCUAAAGCCAAGUUGAAUUUGAAAGUGUAACUAAAAAAAACGAGAGUAUACAGGGUGUUGCUUAAAUUGCUUUUACAUACAUAUAUACCAUACACAUAGACAUACUUAAACACAUAUUAUUAAUGGAAAAACCAAAAGCAAACUUUUUAUACGCUGAACAAUAUGUUUUCCCUGUGGUUAAUUGUUUUCACAAAUCGUUCCGUUGAAACUCUUAUAUUUCGCUCAAAUUUUGUUUUAAACUUAGGAGAUACAAACGAAACAAAAAAAAAAAAACAUGUUAAAGCAAAGGACAAGAAUGUGGAAAAUAUGGACUGACAUGCAAAUAAUGUAUAUCAUUGAGGGUUGGCAUUUUUAAUCAUAUAUGCAUAAUUAUAUAUAUUAUAUAGAGACUUUGUCAGGCGCCAUUCUCAGCUGUUUCGAAAGAGGAAAUUGUUAAAUUUUUGUGUUGAAAGAAAUGAAAAAAUAUGAAAAAAACGAUAUACACGCCCACCAAAUGCAUACUAUAUGCAAUAUACUGUUUCUUAUAUGCAUACAAACAUUUAACCUCAUACAUACAGAAUUACAUAGAUUUGGUUCAUUUUUUUACUGACACUCAACCUUACUUACUGCCAGGAUCAGCUCAGCUCAUCUCCUCAAGCCCCCGCAUGGUACUCACUCACCCACUCACUCACUCACUCACUCAUUGAAUCAUUCAGUCAGUAAGUCAAGUACAGGAUCCUACCAACGAACCAAGCACAGUUUAAACUUUAAAGAUAACGACAACUUUCUCAAGAAUAUCAAACCAAAACGAAGCAUUUAAAUUGAUCACUUUCUAUUUUUCGAUAACCACAAAGCUGUGUUUUUUUUGUAUUCCACUAGAUUUGAAUUCAAAAAGAACAGAAAAAACAAAGUAAAGUGUAUUGUAAUCAAAAUCGUAACUAUAUCGAAUACGAUUUAAUUGAAUGUGAACGUUAUAAACUCAUUAACUAUUAUUAUUACUACGAUUCCAACUGUAUUGUAUGCGCAUUUUAUAUAUAUGUAUAUACAUAUAUAAAAAAGCAAAACAAGUCAAACAAAGAUUAAAACUCAUUAAUGUAAUGUGUAAGUAAAGCAAAAAGCAACAAAUAAUUGCUGUAAAUUAUAUAUAAAUAUUUUUAUACACGUGGAAUAAUAUAAUAAUAUCUGAAAUGCUGCAACUUGCUAGAGCUAAUUCUGGAAAAGACACCCUCUAUGAAUUUUAUAUAUACUGAAUACUGAUUAUGAAUAGUACUCGAAAUACCAACAACAGCAACAGCAUCGAAAAAAACUUGCAAAAUAAUACGAGUAUUGAUAAAAUAAAAAGAGAACGAUGAAAAGUCUUUUAAUGCUUAGGGGCCACAAUUUUCGAAGUAAUUAAAAAAUGAGAAAAACCAAAAACCAAAAAACAAAAAAAAAACGAAACAUGAAAUUAUUAUUAUAUUAAAGUACGGUAUUAAUUAACAUUUAAAAAAUGUUGUGUAUCAGUAAUAAUAAACCAACCAAGCAACAAAAACCAACAACCACAAUUGUAUUAUUGUAAGAAUUUCUAUUUCCAUCAAAACACAAUAAAAUUAUUUUGUUUUUAAA